AAACCAAACAAGCUCUUCUCUUUCGCUGACGAUCUCUCCAGUGCUCUCACUGCGUAAUUAAUUUCUCUUUUCUGUUCUCCCAACUUUCAACCUCUUCUGCUUUUAAUUCUUCCUUCCUUCCUUCCACAGAUCUCUCAUUCUGUCUAGUUCCCACUCGUUUUCUGUUUGAAGUCUUUGGGGGAUCAAGUUGCGGAUUUUGGUGAAGAGAGAGGUUGGAGGAGUUCGAGAAUGGCUGCGAUAUCGCAGUCUCAUGUUGCAAUCUUUGGAACUUCAGUCUCGGAUCUUUUUGGGAGCUCGAGUGAUGGAGUUAGUGGAAUCCCUCUGAAAACCCUAGGCAGGGCAAGAUUCUGUCAGAAGAGGAGGGAUUUCAGUGUAACUGCUAUGCUUAGGAAGGUGAAGAAGCAUGAGUAUCCUUGGCCAAGAGAUCCAGAUCCCAAUGUUAAGGGUGGACCACUAAUUCAUCUUUCUCCUUUCAAACCAUUGAAAGAGAAGCCGAAGCCUGUUACUUUAGAUUUCGAAAAGCCACUCGUUGAGAUAGAGAAGAGGAUUCUUGAUGUGCGGAAGAUGGCAGAGAAAACUGGUUUGGAUUUCACUGAUCAGCUUCUCUCAUUGGAGAAGAAAUACCAAGAGGCUCGAAAGGACCUAUACACACAUUUGGCCCCUAUACAACGUCUGAGCAUUGCCCGGCAUCCUAACAGACCUACAUUCCUUGAUCAUAUGUUUAGCAUUACUGAUAGGUUUGUGGAACUUCACGGAGAUCGAGCCGGUUAUGAUGAUCCAGCAAUUGUUACUGGUAUAGGAACCAUAGAUGGUAGAAAUUACAUGUUCAUGGGUCACCAGAAGGGUAGAAACACAAAAGAGAACAUUCAACGCAACUUUGGGAUGCCUACUCCCCAUGGCUAUAGGAAGGCUUUACGCAUGAUGUAUUAUGCUGAUCACCAUGGAUUCCCAAUAGUUACUUUCAUUGACACUCCUGGGGCAUUUGCAGACCUUAGAUGUGAGGAGCUAGGCCAAGGUGAAGCUAUUGCUAACAAUUUGAGGACCAUGUUUGGUCUUAAGGUACCAGUCAUUUCCAUUGUUAUUGGUGAAGGUGGCUCUGGUGGUGCACUGGCCAUUGGCUGUGCUAACAAGUUGUUGAUGAUGGAAAACGCAGUUUUUUUUGUGGCCAGUCCAGAAGCAUGUGCAGCAAUCUUGUAUAAGAGUGCCAAAGAGGCUCCUAAGGCAGCUAAGUUGCUGAAGAUUACUGCUCCAGAGUUGUGCAAGCUGAGAAUUGCAGAUGGAAUCAUCCCUGAGCCACUAGGUGGAGCUCAUCAAGAUCCAGCUUGGACUUCACAACAGAUAAAAUAUGCAAUUAAUAAAACAAUGGAUGACCUGACAAAGAUGGAUACAGAGACGCUACUACAGCAUCGCAUGCGUAAAUUCAGAAAAAUAGGUAAAGUUAAGGAAGGAGUCCCAAUAGAUCCAAUAAAGAAAGUCAAAAUGAAACAGAAAGAAGUAGAUGAUCAUAGACCAUUGAACCUGGAAUUGGAGGGUGAGAUUGAAAAGCUAAAGAAACAAAUUUUGAAAGCUAAUGAGUCUUCUACAAAGCCUCCACAGUUGGCCCUGGCUCAGAUGAUAGAGAAACUGAAAAAGGAGGUUGAUCAUGAAUACGCUGAGGCAGCCAAAGCCAUGGGAUUGAACAAGAAGCUUGAGAUGCUAAGAGAAGAGUUUUUAAAAGUAAAUCCCGAGGGUCAACUGACAGAUCCUGUUUUAAUGGAUAAGAUUGAGAAAUUUAAGAACAAGUUCAACCAGGGCCUGUCAGCGGCACCAAACUAUGCAAGGCUGAAAUAUAAGCUUGACAUGUUGAAGGAGUUUUCUAAGGCCAAGAAUCUCUCAGAUGCUGCUCCACUGAAGCAGGAAGUCAAUAAGAAAUUCAAAGAAUUAAUGGAUAGGCCUGAUAUAAAGGAGAAGAUGGAGGCAUUAAAGGCUGAUGUUCAAAGGUCUGGCACAUCCAGUUUUGGGGAUUUAGAUCAAGGGCUGAAAGAUAGAAUUGUUGGGAUGAAGCAAGAGAUAGAAAAGGAAAUGAUCAAUGCUCUCAAGUCCAUUGGUUUGGAUGCUGAGGUUGUAAGGUCUAAUGCUAAAGCCUUAAGUGAGAAGACUUCACUCUCACUUGUCAGGUCUAAGGUGGAUAAUUUGAAUGUAGAAAUUAACAAGAAGAUUGAAGACGUUGUCAAUUCAUCAGACUUGAAAGAUAUGAUUGAAUCAUUGAAGUUGGAGCUGGCAAAGGCUGCAAAGACUCCUAAUCCAGAGUCAAAAAGUAAGAUUGAGUCUCUAGAACAACAAAUUAAGAAAAGACUUUCACAGGCUUUAAGUUCCCCAGACUUAAAGAGGAAGCACGAAGAUCUGAAGGCAGAAAUUUCUGACGUCGUAGAAUCCUCUGCCAAAUCACCUGAAAAUUUGAAAGACAGUUUGAAGCACGAGGAACCCAGAGUACAGACUAAUGUGGGUGCAAAGAGCAGCUUUGUUUAGUUUCUAAAAGUUGUGUCAUUAAUUAGCUAUAUGAUGGUGUUGUUCAAAGAAUUGGUGGUGUUUUUCAAAGAGUUAGAACUGAAUCAAGGUCUUUCUAAUGGAUGAUGCUUCAACCUCUCAAGCCUUGGCAUUCGCAUCGAAGCAUCCAUUGUCAUCUCCGUGCCAGAUGGACAAGGUUUUGCAUCUGUUGAGACAUUAGUUGCAGAAUCAUUCCCCUUUUUUGCAAGCUGGAACAUACAAUUUCGAAUCAGACACGAAAAGUUAUCAGUUCCCAUGCUGCCUUUUCUUUUUCUGUUUUAUUUAUUGCCAGAAUGUAUUUCUUUAUCGAAACUUCCUUUUUUUCUGAUAAACACAUAUUAGAACACUUCAUAUAUCCUGCUGCAGUCUGCCGGUGCCAGGGAAAGCUAAUGACAUGCUCCCAGUUAUCAGGAAUAAAACAAACUUUUCUGUUCCUUCUUUUUUCCCUUUCAAUGUCCUGAUUGAUUGUUUAAAUUGUUGUCUUAUUCUAUUUCUUUUUUACUCAAGUUACAGAAUUUGGUGAUGAAGUGCUGUUGCUUCUUUUAAAAUGAUUCAAAAAUAUAGUUACUCUUUGAUGUUUAUACAAAAUAGAAAUGGAACAACGAACUAAAGUGAGAAAUUCAUUCGAAUAAGUCUCUUGAAUGAUGGGAUGGACCAUUCCUCCCUCUUUUUUUUUUCUUUUCAUUUUUUUAAUUUGAAACUAGAUACGAUGCAUUUCUUAAUAGAAAUUGAUUUGCUUC